CCGGCGCCCGAGUCGCGGCACCGCCUUCGCGCCAUGGCGGCGCUCUGCCGGCAGGUCUUGGAUUGGCACCGCCUGCUGCCCCUCACCUGGGCCCACCUCGCUUGGCAGGCUCCCCGUUUUGGAGAACAGAAAAGGGCAAGGGCCCCCUUGUGCCGUACACUGACCACAGCCUCCAGCGGAGGCGGCCCUGGGGGGUUGUCCCCUGCAGGACCCAGAAAGCCCGUGCAGGAGCCAGAGUGCGGCAGGAGCCUCAUGUGGAGCCCCCUGGAGGAGCAGAGGGCCCCCGUGGACGGGGCGACCUCGGAGCGAGAGGCGGUCAUCAGCUCCCUGCUGGACAUGGGUUUCAGUGAUGUCCAUGCUCACGAACUGCUCAGCAUACAGCCAGGGACCCGCCCUCGACACUUGCUGGACAUUGUUUCUGAAUUAAUACUCUUGGGCGUGAAUCCCGAACCCGUGUACGUGGCCUUAAAGAAGAGUCCUCAGUUGCUGACGCUGCCUGUGAUGCAUGUGAGGAAGCGUUCCAGUUACCUGCGGAAGCUGGGGCUCGAGGAAGGGAAACUAAAAAGGGUGCUUCACUGCUGCCCCGAAGUUUUCAGCAUGCAUCACCGGGACGUUGAAAGCAUCAUCCGAGUUCUCAGGGAGAAGUGCCUGUUCACGGCGCAGCAGGUGACGGAGAUUUUGUACAGAUGCCCCCAUGUUCUCCGGGCGGACCCCGGGGAGCUGGAGUACAAGUUCCAGUACGCCUACUUCCGGAUGGGGGUGAAGCACGCGGACGUGGUGAGGACCGGCUUCCUGCAGUACCCCAUCUCCAAGACCCGGGAGAGGCACACGUUCCUAGAGCGCCUGGGACGGUACCAGACCCCGGACAAGAAGGGGCAGACGCAGGUCCCCAACCCUUUGCUCAAGGACAUUCUCAGAGUGUCCGAAGCCGAGUUUCUGGCCAGGACGGCCUGUUCUUCUGCAGAGGAGUUUGAAGUUUUUAAGAAGCUCCUGGCUCGAGAGCAGGAGGCGGAGUCUGAGAGGGCUGUGGCUGGUGAUGAAAGCCCCAGUGAAGGGGACGAGGCCUGGGAGGAGGAGGAGCUGUGACUGAGGCCCAGGGACGUCGGAGGACAUUCUGAUUCUCUCAAAGCCCUUGGGAGCUUCCCUUGGAUCUCCUCAGGCCAUUUUUCAUUCCAAAACUGCUCUUUUGAUGAAAAAUUACUGCAGAUCACCUGAGAAGUAGGUCAGAGGGCCCUGCUCCAUUGUGAAUAAAAGUCUGGCUCCCACCUGUUAAAAUUGGGAACUCAGUGCAUUAAAA